AUGGAGAGAGUAACCUCGGUACGGGACCUCGGCGUGCGAAUGACUUCGGAUUUAUCGUUCAAGGAACAUAUAACGGGAGUAUGCAAACAAGCGUUUAAGACUUUGGGUUUUGUGCUCAGAACAGUUAGAGGUUUUAAAAAUAUCACGGCCAUUAAAGCUCUAUUUAAUGCUUUAGUUCGUAGCAAACUAGAGUUCAACGCCGUAGUGUGGGCUCCUAGUGAAGUGAAGUACAGUAGCAUGAUUGACAAGAUUCAGAAUAAAUUCAUACGUUUUCUCUACAUGAAACUGUACGGAGUCUAUCCCGGAUACCCACUGUUGUACCCAACUCUAUUCGUGCUAGGAAUGGUAGGUUACAAUAGGUUGGAAGUUCGUCGUGAUCUGGCGUUGACAUCAUACCUUUUUAGGAUAUGGAGAGGAAAGACUGGCAAUCCCAGUAUACUUCAGCAGCUGCGGCUGACGGUGCCUAGCAAUUCUUUAAGAUCGCGUAAAUCCCGCACGUUUGCUGCACCCUGCGGCAGGACCGCCCUGCUCCGGCAGGCGCCCGUCGCCCGCGCGAUACACCUCUUGAACAGGAUCGAUGAUAGGACGGACAUUCAUCAUUGUCCGCUGAGUGAAUUCACGAAAGUUGCUUUGUUUGUUAUCUGUUACGGAUAG